GAGAGGAAUGAGAGGUUGUUCUAUAAGCUUCUUAUUGAUAAUGUUGAAGAACUCCUACCAGUUGUCUACACUCUGACUGUUAGUGUUGCUUGCCAGAAAUAUGGAAGCAUUUUUAGGUGGCCUCAGAGUAUCUACUUUAGUUUGAAAGAGAAGGGGAUGGGGAUACCUGUAGGGAAACUGGCUUUAUAUACUACCCUUGGAGGAGUUAGACCUUCAGUGGGUACAACAGCAGUGGAUCUUGUAGGGCUUGUUACAGCACUAAAGUUACUUGGUGGUACUUUGGCUGACCACAAAUUCUUAUUCCUUGGUGUUGGGCAAGCUGGGAUUGGUAUGACAGAUCUUAUAGUUCUUGAGAUGUCAAAACAGGUGUUGGCUUAA